AUGCUCGACAAUGCUGUGCAUUCCAUCAAAUUGCAACUUUAUUCUGAUUGGUCUCCUGUAACAGCAGAAGUUGAGGCUUUUGCCGCGCUAGCUGCACCUCCAACACUUGACAACGGACUCAUCAAUGGUACAAAUACCUACAACAAUUCUGAUACCAUCGUUAGUUCGCAUUUCGAAACAACUUUCAAGAGUGAUACUCGAUAUCGAAUUCGGCUUAUGAAUACCACAGCCGACACACAUUUCAAAUUUAGCAUUGACAGUCAUACCAUAAAGGUAAUUGCGGCUGAUUUUGUUCCAAUCGUACCAUAUAUUUCUGAUACAAUUGCCAUAAGUAUGGGACAAAGAUAUGAUAUCAUUGUUACUGCGAAUGCAGCAGUUGAUAAUUAUUGGAUGAGGGCAGUUGCUCAAACCGUCUGUAGUGAAAACGUCAAUGCGGAUGAUAUCUAUGGUAUUAUCAGAUAUAACAGCACUUCUACUGAUGAUCUAACUUCUGUUCGUUGGGCAAAUGCUUUGACUGACGAACUUUGUGAGGAUGAACUCAGGGGUUCUCUUGUUCCAUACGUACCAAUUGUCGCAUCGAACUCUCCGGCAGAAGAGGAUGAAUUCUCUGUUAUUACCAACAAAACUAAUGGUGUGAUUUGGCAAAUGGGAACUUAUUCUUUCCUUAAUCAGUGGGACUAUCCAACAUUGUUACAGUCUUACGAAGGCGAUGAUACAUGGGCAGCAGAACAAGCAGUUUAUCAAUUACCAGAAGCUUGGAUAAUGCAUUGUCAUAUUGCUUGGCAUACUUCAGAAGGAUUGGCUGUCCAAAUUCUAGAAAGAGAGAGUGAACUAGUUGAUCUCUUGGACGGCGACUUAUUGAAUGCAAAGUGUGCUGCUUGGGAUUCCUAUGCUUUGGCUGAUAAUGUAAUUCAGCCUGACUCUGGUACAUAA